AGGCUUCCAAUAGCAGUUCAGGACUCCUCCUGCUAGUGAAAAGCCUUUUUUUUCCCAUUCAUAGCACUGUAGUUAUUGGAACAUUUAUCAAAGUUGAAUAAAACCCUGCAUAGAGCUAGGCACAGACAAAGAAUUUGGGUAUUAUUUUAUUUUAGGCAAAGGGUAUAAAAACCAUGAGAAGUGGAGAAGUCCUUGCACUGCUUAUAUGGAUGCACUGUAUGUUGGCUUGCUACAAAGUCUUAGCCACUACUGGGUUGCCUGCUACUACAACAAUCAAUUCUGUCUGGAAGAAAACUGAUUUCAAAGACAUUGAGAGCAAAUUUUCCCUUCGGACUCCAGAAGAACCAGAUGAGGAUACUUGUUAUCUCAUCCCAGGCCAAGACAAUAGUGUGGAAAACUGUCAUUUUAACCAUACAACCAAAACCUUCGUAGUAAUCCAUGGAUGGACUGUGACUGGCAUGUAUGAAAGUUGGGUUCCCAAGUUGGUGGAUGCAUUAUAUAAAAGAGAGCCACAGUCAAAUGUGAUUGUUGUAGACUGGCUGCAACGGGCACAACAGCACUAUCCGGUGUCAGCUGGUUAUACACAACUGGUGGGACAGGAUGUGGCAAGUUUCAUAGACUGGAUGGACGAAACAUUCCAUUAUCCAAUGGGUAACAUUCAUAUUUUGGGAUACAGUCUUGGUGCUCAUGCAGCAGGUGUUGCUGGUAGUCUGACAACUAACAAAGUCAACCGGAUAACAGGUUUGGAUCCGGCCGGUCCUAGCUUUGAAUAUGCAGGGUCAUCGGUAACUUUGUCUCCUGAUGAUGCAGAGUUUGUGGAUGUUGUACAUACCUACAGUGUAGGAACCCCUGACCGCAGCAUUGGUAUUCAAAGGCCAGUUGGACAUAUUGACAUUUAUCCUAAUGGUGGAAGCUUUCAACCAGGAUGCAGCAUCGGAGAUACCAUACGACUUAUAGCAGAAAAUGGAAUUCGAGGAAUUAUAGACAUGGAUCAGAUUGUGAAGUGCUCGCAUGAACGUUCCAUUCACCUUUUCAUUGACUCUCUACUUAAUGAAGAAAAACCAAAUAUGGCCUAUCGUUGCAAUUCAAAGGAAGCUUUUGAUAAAGGACUUUGUCUAAGCUGCCGGAAGAACCGCUGCAAUACUUUGGGCUACAAAGUCAACAAGGUCCGAGGAAAGAGGAGUACAAAGAUGUACUUAAAAACAAAUGGUCAAAUGCCAUUUAAAGUAUUCCACUAUCAAGUGAAAGUGCACUUCUUUGCAAACAGGAACUUGACUGUAACCAACCAACCUUUUGUGGUUUCAUUGUAUGGAACAAAGGGAGAAAGUGAAAACCGACCUCUGACUCUGGCGGAAAUGUCAACCAACAAGACGUAUUCCUACUUGAUCUACACUGAACUUGAUGUAGGAGAGCUGCUAAUGCUGAAGAUUAAAUGGGAGAACGAGUCAUAUUUAAGCUGGUCAAACUGGUUCAAAACAUAUGCAUUUGAUGUCCAGAAAAUCAGGAUAAAAUCUGGAGAGCUGCAGAAAAAGUUAAUAUUCUGUCCGCAAACUGGAGAACGAGCAACUAUUACGCGGGGAAAGGGAGCAGUGGUAUUUGUAAGAUGUAAUGAGCACUCCAACAAGAAAAGGGGAGACUGAUGUGAAAAUUAACUAGCACUUUGAACCACACGUCCAAUGAUAUUGAUGCUGUGAAGAACAUUCAAAUGGCAUUUGUCACUAUGGAAACCCUUUAUAUCCACCUGCAAUGAAGUUUAAAAAAAAAAAAAAAAAAAAAGGAUAUUUCAUGUUAGGCAAUGCUACAUAGACGAGAGUUAACAAACUGUUCUUCAUACAGCAAUAACAGGACCAAGGACUAUACACAAAAAGUCAACUCAUGGUAACCAACCACCCAUUCCAAGUUGUCUGUGUGUUGAGAAUAUUCUGCUGAAAAUAUUUUUACAGCCACAAGUAUUACCAUACAGUGUAUACUAUCUUCAUGCUGUUAAUGCACUAGAGCCCAGACUAUACACUUGAAAUGACUUGAAAGCCAUAUCUGUAUUUGAAGACAUCUAUCAACUUGAUGCCUGUUUAAGCACUGUACCAACAUUCUGGGCUCAACAACUAGCAUCUCUACCAUUUAGAAAUAUCUUACCUCUAUGUGGGCAGCACCACAGAUAAAAGGCUAUGUGUCAUAUAGAAAUGUUUGUUUAUGUAGAAUUUUUUUUAAAUGCCCAUGCUGUAAGUAAAAAAACAAAACAUAAAAAAAAA